AUGAUAUGCGAGUGGCGCCAUUUGAAGAUACUUAAGCGUUCGGGGCGAGGUCAUGACCCUAGUGGUAUAGAUGGGACAGCUGAGGGCGAAUGUGCCGUAUUGUGCCCAGCAUGCCCACACCCAGGGAAGAACCUUCCAGCUGAUUGGAAAGAUGCCCCUCGACAGUGGUUAUAUGGAUUAUUCCUCGCCAUUGAUGCGAAUUUCUGCUUAAAAUGCAAGGCUGUCUCCAAUGACAAUGUUGACCCAAGCCUGAGUCGUGGCUGGGGUUAUUUCAUGGAGGAAGAGGCUUAUAAAGGCUUCUUGCAUAGCAGUGCGGACAGCAUCCAAGAGAAAUCAACAUGUUCAAGUCACACCGCUGUCAACAUGGCCGAUACAAAAUCUAACCACGGACUCGCCAUUACCGGUUUAGGUACCGUCGACUGUGCUCACCACAAUAUGAAAAGGCCCAAUGCAGUGGGGGAUCUCCAAAAGGGUGAAAGAUAUAUUAACAUGGAUUAUUUGUUCUUUUCAACACUUCGUCAUACCAUACUCGACACUCUCAACAUAUCCUAUGAUAUCGCGUGCCAGUGGCACAAAAAAUUAUGGCACUGUAUGAGUGCCUUUCCAUUGUCAAUGCACCUCUCACAUACCGUCAAGACUGUCUCAUUUUUUGUGCCGAAGUUCCACUUACCUGCUCAUAUUGAGCAGUGCCAAACCUCCUUCUCAUUCAAUUUCAAGAGCAGGGUAGGAAGGACCAAUGGAGAAGCACCAGAACAUGGCUGGGCCAACAUUAACCCUGUCGCUUCAAGCACAAAAGAAAUGGGUCCCGGUGCACAGCAAGAAACCCUUGAUGACUACUUUGGAGACUCAAAUUGGAAAAAGGUUGUUGGACUUGGUGUUACUAUGCUUCGAAAAAUGAAGGAUGCGUUGCCAGAGCAAGAGAACCAUUGUGAAGCAUUCGAGGACCUUAAUGACGGCUUGCGAGGCGAAUAUGGUGCCACCCUUGAACAGUGGAGAGAACAGGUGGAGGCUUGGGAGCAUGACGCUGCGCAGCCCAAUCCCUUCGAACAAAAGGCAGAAAGUAUCACUAUGGCUUCUGUACGACUGGAGCUGGCUAGGGAGGACCAGGUUGACCUUCAAACAGGGACUUACCUUGCCCUACACAAGGACUGCACUCCUAGUGUAUUGAUCAGUACUGGCUUAGAACUCGAGGAGCAGCAAUGGCGAAUGAAAGCAGACAGAGCUGGCCUUGGAGUUCAUGCAACGGACAAUCAAGAAGGAAAGAUGCUUCAGCGAAGCAACACUCUCCAAUGGAGGAUCGAUGCCUGGGCGAAGAUGCAGGAACUAUACAUGCUGUUUCUCACUGCACUACGUGCGAGUGAGAGCUCAGUAUCUAACAAUGUGGCCGCUGCACCAGAAUCAAUCAAGCUCUGCCUGCCAUCCCAUAUCAGCAGGACCGUGCCUUGUGACACCCGUCUCCAAGCCAUCGAAUGGAAGUUGCGGUAUGGGCAAGCUCACAAUGCACUCUGCUCUCUACAUUUGAACUUACGCGCUCAGACUGCAAUCCUCAAGUAUAAAGACCGGCACCUUUGUGGACAAGGAGCAAACACACAGGCACAGAAUACAUUGAAAGCCAUUGAAGCAAGGAUCGAGGCCGCUGCCAGCACUUACGAGCAUGCACAUAAAUCCCUCAUUGUUCUUGCACCACGAGUGAAUCAGACCCAGUCUGGGACAAUACCUUGGAAGGUAGGCAGCUCUUCAUUUUUGCUUCCUAGUCAGGCUCAUGGUCAAUCAGAUAUGCAAAUAGAAUGGUGCAAAGCCAGGGCACAGGCGAUGCGCUGGGCAGAAGAUGUGGAGUUGUUGAAGGAGGAGAUGCGAAGGGUUCUGCAAUUUUUUGAAUGGGAUGCCCAGCGCUGGGAUGAGCGGAGCCUGGGAAACGCACUACAAGACACAGACACAGACAAGCGCAAGGGACAGACGGUGUAUGCCAAACGUCAAGCUGUUUUACGUCGAAUUCUUGUGGAGUCCUUCAAGACCAGCUGGGCUGACACCCUGGCUCUGGUGAACACAUUCAAAGACAUGGACUUAGAUAGUACAUAA